CUUUGACAUUCGUUGCAGAACACCCCUUCCGUCGUCAUCCUUCCAAAUUCCCCGAUGCCGAUGAUGGGCGUGAGCUUUCAGUGCGUGAUGGAUUUGGCGGUCGCGGGGAUCUCCCUGGUGGUCGGCCUGGGUUUCUUCGCGUUCGUCGCCGCCGUUCUCUGCUCCGCCGCGUUCUUGAACAACGUCAAGGACGUCUCCUGACCCGAUGAAUUGUCCCAGGUUCGCAUAAUUCCGCUCGAAACUCGCGAUAUUUGAAUGGAGCCACGUGGGAACAACAUCCAAAGAGAUUUCCUGUGCUUCAAAUUGGAAGCAGUAGGCUAUUUUGAUAUCAAGCCUCAUGUGUUCGGAUAGCUCAUGGACAAUGGACGCUCUUUUCAUGCAUCCAACGUAGAAAAGCUUGUGAGAAACUGAGUUUUGAGUUUCUGAUGAAGUUUUGUUGAUUAUGCUGAACAAAAUAGCCUUGCCAGCAAACCCUCUCGUGUUGUAUUAUAUCAGUUGGAAAAAAAUUCGUACUUCAUCAUUCUUUUUUUCCUCAAA